AUGGAUCUUCCUAGAUUGCAAGCAAUUUCGGUAGGGCCAUCGACCAGUUUGCCAUCUUCGGAAUCUGCCGAACCAACAGAGAUAUCUAAGGACCCCAAAAAAACAACUGGCUUAUCUCUGAGUCCUAAGAUGCAACGGUCUAUAAAACUUAAUGAAACUCAAAUUCUGUACUUAUCCGAAAGGGCUAAUGGAGAUAAAACCUAUGACGGACCGUUAUGGAAAAAAUCACAUACAUCUGGGAAAUGGCAGCUUAGGUAUUUUUUACUUUACCAGAACCUUUUAUUUUAUUACGAAAGUAAAGAUAAAAGAGAUCGUCCAUUGGGAAUAAUUUUUUUAGAAGGUUCAUAUAUUGAUCGAAUAAUUUAUACCGAUCCUAAGUUAUUGCCUCCUACUCCUGAUAAAAAUUUCUGUUUUCAAAUCAGUUUUGGAAGUGAUAACGUGAGAGUCUUUGAGCUUUUUGGUAUUGAUGAAACUGAUACUCUGAUAUGGAUUCAUGAACUGGAGAAAGCAAGUUUCAGCAAGCAACAUUUAGAAAUGCAAAAAGUCACUGCAAAACAUUUGCAUAUUAUUCAAGUUGUUGAAGCUGAACAAACUGCAAAAUGGCAAUUUUCCUUGCACUGCGAAGAUAUGCAUGCAGAAAUGAGGUUUCUUAGAGAAGAAUUAACUGCUUUAAAACGUCAACGACGUGUCGAACUUUCUCAUUUUGUGUCAAACAUGGGGCAUACCUGCAUGAACGUGGACGAUACAAAUUGUCUUUGCUGUAUUUAUGAAGAUCUGCAGGGCAAUGAAGAAAAAUUAUCGAAACUUAAGAAGGUGCAGAGUUUUUUUCGAGGUUGGCUUUGUCGUAGAAAGUGGAAGCAAAUUGUAGAACAAUACAUAAGAAGUCCACAUGCCGAUUGUUUAAGGAAAAGAAAUAAUGUUGUUGUUCAAUUGGUGGAGUCUGAGGAGGAAUACAUUCAGCAAAUGGAAGUUUUAGUUAUAUGCUUUUUAAGGCCCUUUAAAAUGGCCGCUUCAUCUAAGAAGCCACCGUGCACUCAUGACGAUGUAAAUUCAAUAUUUUUAAAUGCCGAAACAGUUUUUUUUCUUCACCAAAUAUUUUUAAAAGGGCUGACCGCCAGACUGGAAAACUGGCCUACACUUAUUUUAGGUGAUUUAUUUUCAAUGCUUUUACCAAUGCUUAGCAUUUAUCAAGAAUAUGUUAGAAACCACCACUAUUCUUUACAAGUUUUAACGGAAUGUAAACAAAAUCCAUUAUUCCAUGCAACUUUGAAACGGCUUGAGUCGAAACCUAUUUGCACUGGAAGGUCGCUGGAGACUUUUCUGACUUACCCCAUGCAUCAGAUUCCCAGAUACAUCAUUACGCUACACGAGCUUUUAGCCCAUACCCCAUAUGAGCAUGUCGAACGAAAAAGUUUAGAAGCAGCUCAAGUUCAAUUGGAAAAAUUGUCUAAGCAAAUGCACGACGAGGUUUCAGAGACAGAAAAUCUUCGAAAAAACUUAGCGGUUGAACGUAUGAUCGUAGAAGGUUGCGAUAUUUUGUUGGACGUAAAACAAAUCUUUGUCAGACAAGGAACCCUUAUUCAAAUCAGAACCGAUAAGCAAAGGGAUAAAUUUAGAGAUUUGCAUAAAUUUAAAGCUUUUAAUACCAGAGAAAAAAUUCACAGGGAGGUGUCAAGGCAGUGCUUUCUCUUUACUUAUCAUCUCAUUAUCACAUCUAGGGAGCAGGAUGAGCAAGCGUAUAGUUCAGGUUCAUCGAUAUCUACAGAUUUUAAUACCUAUUACCAAGGUCGUGACUUUAAGCUCGUGCUAGAUAAUACAAUGCUUGAUAAUCCUGUUAUUAUCCAUUUUGUAGCCCCUACUGUAAGCGAUAAAGCCGCUUGGAUCUCAGACAUCGCCGGAUGCAUAGAUAAUGCUCAAUUUAGCGAAAUAUGCAAACCUGUAAUGGCUGAAACUAGUUCAAUCAAUCUCCCUCAAUAUAUAAAAAAUGAUCCUAGAUUGUUUAAUGAUGAGGUUGAUAUAAAGUUUUCGAAAACGUUAAAUUCUUGCAAGAUUCCCCAUAUUAAAUAUGCUACUCCAGAUAGGUUAUUAGAGAGACUAACUGACUUGCGUUUUCUUUCUAUUGAUUUCCUGAAUACAUUUUUAAUAACGUACAAAAUAUUUACAACUGGAAUUCAAGUUCUGACAUCUUUGAAAAGAAUUUAUUAUGCAAGUUUGGAGAAAGAGAAAGAACGGAUGAUGAUGCCAGAAUAUAUGUCAAAUAUUUACCAGGAAGAGAAAAAUACUCUGCAAAUUUAUGCGGAUUACCGAAGAAGAAAUAGCAUAACACCUAUUCCGCUAAGAAGAACUAGUGGUGCAAGUUCAGUUUCUGGAUAUUGCUCUGAAACUAGUGAUAGAGAUCGUUCUUCAAGUUACGAUUUUCAAAAUCAGAGGCAAUUUAGAAAUGUGGUGUUUGCAAAAUCGGAUGAUGGAGAGACCUCUAGAAGACCGUCCACUUCGCUUUACCCUUCAGAACGAAAGAGAAGCGGACCUAAAACAAUAUUCAUUAAAGUUGAUUCUUAUGAAGAAGCACCUGAAGAGGAGGAGAAGGAUGAGGAAGAAGAAAGUAGAGUAAAAAUCCAAACUUUAGGGCGAGUUACUGCCAGUAGUAUGACGGAAGAUAUUAAUGAAAUAUCAGAUGAGCCCACUUUAACAGAAAUUGGCAUCGACCCAUGCCGUUCUUGUGGGCAAGAAAUUCCUACUCAGAAACUAACAAUCGAGCAACGGCGACGAUAUGAUCUUUUAGAAGAAAAACGGCAAAACAGAAAAAAGUUAGAGGAUCGAAGAAGAUCGGAUCUAGAAAUGGAAAGUGUAUCUCAAGAUUCGCAAGAGCUAAGAAGAAAAUCAGAUAUUAUAACAGAUAGAAAAAGGUCCCUUUUGUCUGAUGAUUUUCAUAGAAGUUUAGUAGGAAGGCGGCAAUCAGAUAUUUCUGAAAGGAUUAGAUUGGAUCGCGACAGAAAACAGUCUGAGUUGACUGAACGAAGACUUAGUGGGCUAUCUAGACCAGUAUUAUUAAGAAAUAACUCAAUAUCUAUUGAAGAACGUAGAACAUCAUCACCGAUAUUAGAAGAGCGUAAGAGAUGGUUCUUCCAGACAUUUUAUCAACGUUCUCAAAAAGAAGGAAAUCGCGAUGAGCCCAUUUUUUCAAAAAUGACUCCGGCAGCAAGAACCAGUUUUCAGGUUGACUCAGCUUCAUCUUGUAUGAGUAAGCCAGGAGUUAUAAUUAGCGGAAUAAAAAGGGCUAAACGGAGAAGUAGUUCUUCAUAUGCCAGUACAGCAUUCGCUAUAGCGACAUGUGCUGCAGAUAACCCAAUUUCUCUACAAUAUCAACCGCCACAACCUUGUAAUAAGCCCCACAAAACUAAAACCUUAGAGCAUAUUAUAUCAACUGCCGCUACUAUGAGAGUUUUAAAUGUUUUAAGACACUGGAUUUCCAAACAAGGAAAAGAUUUUAAAGAAGACAGCGAGCUGAAGCGUCAGACAAGAGAAUUUUUGGAAGACAUUCGAUGCAAUCCUAAUCUGACUUCGGCAGAACAUAAAUCAGCUGCUCAAUUAAUUAUUCUUUUAGAUAAACGGGAUGAGGAUGAUAAACCAGUGGUAGAUCUGGUUAAGCUUCUUAGUCCGCCUUUGAUACCGAAUAAAGAAAAUAUCUACAGUUUAUCCGCUUUGGAAAUUGCUGAACAACUAACAUACUUAGAUCACCAAAUAUUUAUUCAGAUUGGCCCUGAAGAACUAAUGGGAGUUGCAUGGAUGAAACCAGAUAAAGAAGAAAAAGCGCCACAUAUAGUAAUGAUGACCAAAAGGUUUAAUGAUGUUUCACGCAUUAUAGCCACGGAAAUUAUUAGAAAAACAGAUAUAACUGAACGUGCUGAGACGAUUGAGAAAUGGGCUGCUGUAGCUGAUAUCGUUAAAUGCCUUCACAAUUUUAAUGGUAUUUUACAAAUCUGCUCCGCGUUUACUAAUGCUGCAGUUUUUCGAUUAAAGUCUACUUGGGAUAAAGUAUCAAAGACCGCAAAAAAAUCAAUAGAAAGUCAUCAAAAGCUGGUAUCUUCAGAUUGCAGAUUUAGGUCUUUGCGGGAGGCUUUACAUAAAUGUGACCCUCCAUGUAUACCAUACUUAGGAGUUUACCUCACUGAUCUUUCUCUUAUCGAAGAGGGUACUCCUAAUUUUAUCGAUAAUGAUCUUUUGAACUUUUCAAAAAUGAGAAUGAUUGCCCAUAUCAUCCGGGAAAUUCGACAAUUUCAACAGUCUUCAUACCGGAUUGACUUAGUUACAAGAGUAUCCAACUACUUGCUUGAUACUUCCAGUAUGAUGACAGAUGAUGAGUUAUAUGCGGAAUCUUUAAAACUUGAGCCAAGGCAGCCUAGGUUAACUUCGCAGUCAAGCAUAGGUGGACUGACACCAUGGUAAAAACAAAGGAAAUGAACUCUAGAGGCCAGAUGUGAUGGCCAUAAUUUUCAUUGAUUUUAUGUAGGUUCAUAUUAGUAAUAGAAACCUUAAACAAAUAUUUUCGUUAUCUAGCAUUGAAAUCAGCCUAUCUCAACAAAUACUAAACGCAAGACAAUCUUUAGUAAUAAUCUUAGGAUUUUUACUUUUAAUAGGAUAUUAUGAGAA